AUGACGUCGAUCGCCAAGAAUCACAGCCCUAGUAUCACCUUCGCCGGAGGUUCAGCCAAUUUUCCCAUUGUGAUUGCCGAUGAUCCUGCCAAGAGCCCCACCCAAGCUAUCAGCCCCGUGACCGCACAAAAGUCAGCCAACAAAACUGUCGAGAAAAAAUCCCCAGAGAAAGGGCCCAAGGCCUCAACUUCUGGGAAUCAAGAGGUCUGA